GUAGUAGUAUUCAGUUGAACGGCGCAUCGAGAGAGUUUCAUAAGGAAUAUAUCGAAAAGAGGAGGAAUAAAUUUUUUUGUAUGAUAUAGCAGAAUUAUCUAUUUAACGGGUGAUACAGUUUAAAAGGAUUUAUCAAAGGACCAACCGCUAUUAUUCCUACUUAGGAGUUUGUUUUCGCAAUAUCCAAGCAUGAUGAACAAUCGUGGUCCUCUGAAAAUACGGGUAAAGCGAAAGCUAAACUCGGAAGAUUGGUAUCGAGAAAAGCAAUCCGAUCUACAUAACGAGUUUCUACUGGUACGAAAAGAAGAAAGAGAUAGCAUCGCGGAUAAUUCAAUAGAUAAGAUAAUGGUUGAUAAUAACGACAGUGAUAUUACAGUUGUUUAUGAAAAGAAAGCCGAACCACAUAAAGUAGAAGUGCUUGUACAACCUACCUCUAAAGCAGAAAAGCCAGUGAGGAAGAAGAAAUCGAUUAGACGAAAUAAAGAUAUCUGUAGUGCUAGAAUAAAAAAAGAACAGCUCCAGGAGCUGUUAGAAAAUCUCCAAAAGCCUGGGCCUUUAGUCGGUGGUUAUGUGCUAAAUAGUAGUGUUAUGCGGUGUACUAAUAUAGCUCGAGAUUUUACCGAGGCCGAUGCUGUUAAAGAAGUAAAUAGACAUUGCUCAGAUAUUUUACACCGCCGUAGUAAAUUGGUCGAAAUACUGUUAGAAGGCGAUCGGUCUAGAUCCUUCUUCAAUAAGGAUUUCCCCUUCUUCAAAAGUCUAAAAAUACCGAAAUUUUGGUCAAAACAUCCUGUAGAAUUAGAAAACAACUCAAGAAAAAGCGUUUAUUGGUCAGAAGUGUUAGCGAAAUCAGAUGAAUAUAAAAUCAUUUCAAAUCUAUUUCUAAGCACGGUUGAUUCUUGCGAAGUCUCCACAAUUUAUAGGAUACAAAAUCCUUUUUUAUGGGCAUCCUAUUGUUCGAUGAAAGAACAAAUGUUAGCCGAAAAUUUACCACUUAAUGAAAAUCUUCUUUUCCACGGAACAACACACGAAGCCGCCGAAAGUAUAGCUCGGGAAGGUUUUAAUCGAAGUUAUUGUGGUAAAAAUGCCACAAUGUUUGGUAGAGGCGUGUACUUUGCCAUAGAUUCCUGUUACUCAACAAAUCCUUUAUAUUCUCCUCCCAAAGAAGACGGUACAAGCGUCAUGUUUCUCGGAAGAGUUCUAAUAGGCCUAUCAAUUCAGGGAGAUAGCGGAAUGAAAUACCCUCCACGUAUAGCAGAUAAAACAUCGAAAGAAUUCAAUCCAACACAAUAUAACAGUACAGUGAACGAUAUGACUUUUCCUGGAAUAUAUGUCGUGUAUAAAGACUGCCAAGCGUAUCCACAAUACUUGAUUGCGUUUAAACGAUCUAAAUAGGCGAUAUAUUUCAUUUUUUUUUCAUUACUAUAUAAAUAUACAAAUUAAAACAUUACUGUGUAUUUUUUUCUUUCCCGUAUUAUUUAUUAUAUUCUCAGUUUUUUCUUUCUAUUUUCUUCUAUAUUUUUUUUUUGUUCUCUUUUUUUUUAUUUUUAAUAUCAAAGAAAAAAAAAACAAAGAUUUUCUCGUCUUUCUACAAGAAUAUUUCUUUUCUUCCUUUAAUAAAAUGCAUUAAGAAAAAAAAAAAGGAAUACAAUAUCGAUGAUUAAGUGGCCAUGUGCCCCAGGCAUAUUUUAAUUAUGCAUAACUUAUAUAGACAGUUAAAAUACAGAGUAUAUACCAAAUAAUUCAUUUAGAUAUAUGAGAAAUAUUGUAAUAGAACUAAAAUUACAGGACGAAGAGUGUUUUUAAAUGAAUUUUUAGAAUGACAAGGUGUAAAAAACCGUUACGUAUCUUCUUUUUUCCUUUUGUUUUCUCUGUCUUUCCUUCCACCUUUUAAGAUUGAUCUUUAUGUAAUGUUUUUUUUUUCUUCUAGAUAAAAAUAGAAAGAGAGAGAGAGAGA